UAUGCUUGGCGUGCAAAUCUUCCCGCGUCAAGCCACAUGAAUCACCACAGCACAGCAGGCCACCCUCACCCAGAGCCUCACCCUCCCCAUGGCGACGCCCAGCACACUAGGAUGCCUAACACAGCACAUAAAGACGCCUCCCAGCACGGCACUAGCUUCCUGCCGUGACACGUGAUCCUAAACGAGACAAAAGAUGCCCCAAAAUGCUAAACAUCCUCCUAUUUUUCUGGGGACGAGGCAAAGCGCAACCCGAUUGUCUUCUCGUAUUGUUCAGCCGCCCGUGGAGACUUAAACGCCAGGCUCAACACGCCCCCACAUCCUCCCGUCACCCUCGUAAGUACUACUGGCAUGGAGGAGCAGACCGGGGAGGACCUGCUAGAGGGCCACUUGAGGCAGCUUGCGGAGGUUCAGGAGCCGCCCAGAGCCAAGCUAGAGGAAGUGAUCUCUCGCAGCGAUUCGUUUCCCGUCCGAUUCCCAACCCAGUCAGCGCGACUAAAGACCCUGCUGGAGGGCAGGGCGGCGUGCACGACGAGGCCACCCUGGAGCAGCACGUCAACUCGGCCUACCCUAUAGUACACGAGCGAGUCCUGCCGCUCCUUGCCUCCUUCCUCCACUUCAAGAGGAGUCACGGCAGGAAAAAGGAAAGAGAACUUUACAAAAAUCUGGGACUGUUGGAGUUAGUGGAUCGUCUCCUAAAGCAGCGACCCAUCGUUUUCUACACUCCACAUGACGUCUACCUACUCAGAGACUGCACCGAGGGCUGUGAUGGCUUCAUGGAUAUCGGCCAUUCCAAGGAGCAAGGGAGCCUCACACUGAAAGAGUACAUGAGCUAUGAUGAGAUGAAGCUCUCGGCGCUAUUCGGGGUGUCAUCCUACUCUGCCUUCAUCAACGACGGUAGUCGCUACAACCGGGGGCUGCCCGACCCGCCUGAGAAGUUUGUGCCUGAAGGCGUCAUUGUGGGCUUGGUGGGCGCCAGGAUGGAGCGUGAGGGCGUCAUGGAGUGGCAGGACUGUGUGGUGACGCCUAGGCAGAAUACUGCGCACCGCGGUUACGGCGAGGAGCUUCCACCGCAGCCGCGACUGGUGAGGGAGUGGGCGCGACUGUGGAACGAGCAUUUCCUCCCCACCUGGGAAGAGGCCUCCGCGACCACGAAAACCGAGUUUUUGUCUUGCUCCUCCGACCUGCUGUUCAAUGCGAAGGUAUACAAGGCCCGCAUGCAGCUGUCGGCCGAGACGCUGCUGGCCGAGGCUGGCGUGCGUGCUGCAGGCGUGGGGCUGAAGGCAUACGUGCACGUGGUAGGGCUCGGCCUGGGCGUGUGGCGCCUCACGCCUCACCAGAACCAGCUCUUUGUGGACGCAUGGGCCGCCGCCCUCACCAAGGCCGACACGACUCACAUCAGUCACAUUAACUUCAGCUGGAUCUCAGACGUGACGCAAUGCGGCGGGGCGCAGGACGGAGAACACUUCCCUGACACGAGCGUUGUCAUCCGCUUUACCAAGACCGGCCUGCACGCCGCGCCACUGCCCGAGGGAACUCUCCUGGUGACCAGCUUCGCCUGGGACUCCAAUUCCUUUCCUGGCAACGAGUACUGGCGUGGCAAGUUGUCAGCCUCUGGGGACCCCGCGGCCGCCUGCUCCUCGGGAGUGGCCGAACUGCACAACACACUCAUCAAUCCCCGUGUCACGGCCACCAACCUGCAUGUCGCGUCGCCGGGACGCGUCGAGCACGUGGCGGCCUAUGCACGUCGGAGGCUAGAUACCCCGCAGUGAGUGGAGGACGCGUGGGUGUGUCUAUGCUGAAAUCACAACCUCCAAGAGUGGACACCUUGAUCAACUAAAGUUUGCCCGACUUUCAUUCUUGCUAGAAUAAUUCAUGCAGUCAUAUCUCGCUUUCAGCGGUUCUAGUACUCGCGGUUUCGUGGCAGACGAUACCUGCGGGAUGCCUUUCUCACCCAGCAGCAACAUAUCACAUAUGGACGCGUAUUAGCGGCAUUGAAUACCUUAAAUGGGUUUUGAGUUUUUCGUUACGCUAUAAAUUUUGCCUCUCUGUGGGAGCCAAACAUAUUGUACGCGAUACUAACGUAAUUAUAGGGCGUACAUGUAGAUUGUAGAGCCUGGGGGGUCUGAACAGAUUCGCGGAUACUUUUACUUUGGUCUCAGGAACGUAACGAGGGAUGACUGUAAUUGAUGAGAGAGAGAGAGAGAGAGAGAGAGAGAGAGAGAGAGAGAGAGAGAUUUUUUGCAGGUAUGACGAUGCUUUUUAC